GAUCACAGGGCAGUAGAUCACCAGUGGAUCACCUGUGGAUCACCCGGAGUUCAGGUUGUAGUUAGGUGGAGUGUCAGGAGCUGCUUGUGGAUGGAGAUGAUGAGAAGAUGGAGGAGUUUAUGGAGCACUAUCAGGACCGCACUGCUCUGGAGCGGGCGUGGCUGAGUGAGGUGUACACAGGUGUGUGUGAGCAGGUGUACCCGCUGGUGGGCGUGGCUCUGGGUCUCUCGGCGGAACAGCUCAGCCAUGCCGUGGUGUGGAGGGUACAGAGGGUACACCAGUCCCUCCCCGUCACCUACAGGUGUGUGUCCGUAGCAGAGUUGUGUAACAGACAGCGCACUCCCUGCCUCAGCAGUCUCACCUGGAGCACGGCUCAGUACAGAGACCGGAUCAGGGAGGCGGAGCAACAGCUGCCCAAUCAGAAGGGCCUGCAGCGUGCUAACCUGCUCCUGAUUGGUGUGAUGUGUGAUGGGCGGGACUUGGGUCAGUGUGAGGGCUGUUGGAGAGUGAGAGACUGUAGUGGGAGUGUCCACUGUGAGGUGCUCGGCGCGUCUCCUCUGUGGUGCGGGACCCUGAUGCUCUUCCCCACGUGGAACUACAUCCCCCAUGAUGCACCGGGACCCGGGCAGGACGGCGGGGGGUACCUGGAGCUGAUCGACCCGCCCGUCUGCGUGACCGGCGACCCCGUGACCUUAGAUCCUGUAGGGUCACUCGGUGAUGCCAUCGGGGUGAAGAAAGCGGCCAGACUGCUGAGAGAGAAGAACACUACAGCAGUGUGUGUGAGUGUGUAUGGGGAGGUGGGGCUGAUCUGCCCCCUGCUGGUCAUUUCUGGUAAACCCUUCUUCUGCUGCACGCUGACUGAGGGAGAGAGAAGUGUUCCUCUACUGGUGACUGUGCCGGAGUGUGUGUACUGGAGGCAGUGUGUGUGUGUUGGACAGAGCGUGUGUGUUUCAGCACUGCGGGUGUGUUCUGUACGGGGGUGGGCGGGGCAUCGAGUGCUGUCCGUCACGCCGGAGUCCCGCCUCCAUCCCAACCCCCGAACGCCCAGUGAGUCCGGGGACACGGGUACGCAGUCACAAUCACUGACUGACACGGACAUGGACGAGGAUGUGGACACACACGCGCAGUCGCUGACUGACGCACACACACCCCUGCAGGAGGACACGCCCAGCACGGAGCUCCCGGUGCAUCAUGGUCCUUCAGCCGGCGUGAAUCCGGCGCGGACCAAACUCUCCAAGAUCAUCAGUUACAGGGGCCGGAUCACGGCGGUGCUGAACCAGGAGGCGGGACUUUAUGAGCUGGAUGGAAAGGUAACGCUGUGUCUGGCCUAUCAGCCGCUCAGGAAAUGGGGCGGCGGCCUAAGGCCAGGUGCGGAGCUCAAGCUGGAUCACGUGCACUUCCUGUUCCGGCCGUCGGCGUUCUUCGCGGGCGCGGUGCUGAGCGCGUGCCUGCGCACCACCGUCUCCGUCACCGCCUUCAGUCCUCUCGGGUCGAAGGUCACGUCUCGGAGUUCGGACUCGGCGCUGGUGCGUUUCCUGAUGGAGAAGAAUCUCGGCGUGUCCGAAUACUUCUGGCUCUGUUACUGCAGCGCGGCGCUCGCCGACCGGUUGAGUCCACGCUGGGUGUGUCCGGCGAGAGUGUGUGUGCUAGCCGGGCGGUUACUGCACUUAGUUUCAGCGGACAAACAACCGAGACGAGACAAGAGAGACAUUUACAGAGAAAUGCUGCAGGACACACACACACACACCUGUCCUCUCACACAGUAUUGUGUGUGUACUCCCUGUGAGUCUCUGUACUCUGUAAAGGAGCUCUUUGAUUGGCUGGAGAAUGAGAGCUGGGCGUGUCUCUCAUCGCUCUCGACGCUCCUCCCACCGUCGGCGUGUCACAUGACCCGGUCUGAACUGAACCCGCUGCUGUUGUGGUCGGCGCACACACACACUCUGUCCCGCGCGCUGGAACACACACUGCUGGUGGGAGUGCUGGAGCUGAGUGCCAGCAGAGCCACCGUCAGACUGGUGGACCGCACCGGCGCCAUCGACUGUGUGUGUGUGCAGGGGGCGGAGUCAGGGGAGAGCGGUGUGUCUGUCAACACCGCGUGGAUAGGUUGUUUGGUGUGUAUCCAGCGCUGUACGUUGGUGAUGGAGAGAUUCAUGAAGACUGAUUUUCCAUCAUGGAAACACCUGGACCAACAUCGAUACAUCACACACAAACACUGCAGGGUGUACAUCUGCGUGUGUAUGGACGAUCUCCACAUCCUGAGCCCCUCCUCCGCCAUGAGCGCCCUCACCCCACGGCGAGAGAGAGAGAGGAAGAGGACGAGGACAGAUCCACCGUCCCUCCAUCAGCCUGAGGACCGGAGACCUGAGACUCCUCAGGAACAGAGACCAGGACCAGAGGAGCCGGAGGAGCCGGAGGAGGAUCAGAGCAGACCCGGCCCGUCUCAAACCGGGAAGAGGAAACGAGAGGCGGAGGGCGAGGGGCGGAGUUCUGACCCCUGUGUGUCACUGGUGUUUCGAGUUCUCUCCAAACAGGGCGUGGCUUUCCGGAACCUCCAGGCGACCAAUCAGGCGCAAGCGCUGACACUGAGCUUCACUGUCGAAGCAGCUCGUCUGGGGGGCGUCCAGGUUUGGGACCGAGACCCGAAAAACGGUCAAGUGGAGCAGAGAGAGAUACAGGAGGCAGAGGAACAUCUACAGGUGCAGCUGCUCUUCAUCAACGCGGCUGUUCGCUGGUUCCCUCUCAUCCACCCGGGAACAGUUUACAGACUCAUCGCAACAAACACACAGGACAUGGGUGUGAUGUCCUGCAGUAGUGUUCCAACAAAGGGCGGAGUCUCUCUCAUCGGUAGCCCUGCCCUGCUCGUACAGCCUCAGUGGCGUAUACACACCCUCGCACCCUCGCCGCUGCUACCACAGACGGAGGUUCAGAAGAUCAUGAGUGUUUCUGAGCUCCUUCACAGCAGCUCGUGUGAGGUGGUGUCGGUGUGUGGAGUGAUAACAGAACGGAUCACGCUGCAGGAGGACAGAAAGAAACACCCCACACUCCCCUCACUCAUCAACACCAAGGAGUGUGUUGUGGAGACGGAUCUGAAGGUGCGUCUGACUCUGCAGGACUCUGACUCUCCUCAUCACACGGUGCAGGUCUACCUGGAUUUUACCCACAAUCCCUACACACCUGGUCUCAUCACCGGGGCGACCGUGCUCCUGCACCACUUCCAGCGCAGAGUGUCCACGGUGAAGAAUGUGUACUGCUGCUCUUUACCUGUAAGCUGUGUAACAGUAACAGGAUGCGGGUCUGCUAAGCCCCGCCCUCCUCCUCCCAUGAUGCACCUGGGCGAGUGGGCAUCGGGCAGAGCAGGGCAAAGCAUCGUGGGUCAGGUCAGAGGUCACGUGGUGCGCGUGCUGUUUCUGCGGCUGCAGUGGGCGUGUUCUCUCUGUGGGAGCGUCUUCAAACAGGCCUCCUGCACACAGACGUCUCCACCAUGUGACUCCACCAGCGCCGUGUUCCAGGCCGAGGCGAAGGUUGUGUUAGACGAUGGUACCGGUGAGGCACAGGUCUGGUUCUCCUCGGAGAUGGUUGCCAGGCUGUUGCAGCUGUCUGACUGUGAGUGGGAGGGGCUUCAGCGUCUCAUCAGGGUUAAAGGUCAUGUGAGGGUGUACACGCGUGGCUGGAACGUGGUGUGUGAUGUGGACCCUGAUGAUCCGCUCCUGCUGUAUCUGUGCUGUUUGUGUUCCAGUGGUGCGGUGUGUCGCAACCUCACACUCACCUGUAAAGUACGCCCUCAAAAACCAGAGAAAGCCCAGCUAAGGAAGAUGAAUCGGGGCGAGCGAGAGUUCCUCACCAAAUUUCCUCCAGCUCUCCAACUACAGUGCACUCACAUACAUACACACACACUCACACACACACUCACAUACACACACACACACUCACAUACACACACACACUAACCCUGAAUACACACACACACUCACAUACACACACACACACUAACCCUAAACACACACACACUCACAUACACACACACACACACACUCCCAUACACACACUAACCCUCAAUGCACACACACACUAACCCUGAACACACACACAUACACACUCCCAUACACACACACUAACCCUUAAUACACACACACACUCACAUACACACACUAACCCUCAAUACACACACACACACACACACUAACCCUAAACACACACGCUAACCCUGAACACACACACACACUAACCCUGAACACACACACACUCACUAAUCCUUAA